UCUAGUUUAAAAACUGGAACUUUAUAUUGUAAAUAAUAUGGCAACACAAUCUCCAGUUCUCGUCAUCUUAAAAUAUCAAAAAUAUUUUGCAAAAGGAAUCCUCAAGUCACAGAGACGUUUAAUUCCAGAAAUAUGUGGGGCUCGACAUUUUCAGACCACACCUUUCCAUUCUUCAAAUUCAAAACCUGAGUCGAAAAUCGACAGAAUCUCAGCCCCAAAAAUAGACCCGAAACUGCCUGAACAGACCUUUCAAAUUCUGCAAGAAUCUGAAAAUGUUCACGACUCAACAAAAACUGAAAAUUUAUCAAAAGAUGAUAAAAAAACUGUUGUAGCUACUGUGAAAGAAUAUAUUCGAAUGAGGCGGGACUUUUCCAAAAAAUAUACGGAUAACAAUACUGUAACGGCUGUGCGAGCGAUGCAGGAAUACGUACUCAAACCAAGCGACCUCCAAGAUUUAAAACUUAUAAAAAUACGCAGUCCGUAUCGGGAUGGUGCCGGCCAUCUCUUGGUAUACUUGGAAAGAGAUAUAAUUAAGAAAGCAAUGGAGGUUCACGGAAAUAAAGAAAAUCUCGAAUUGGAACAAAAACGGAUAAAAAGACUCAAACAAAAGCAGAAAAAUUAUCUCGAUUGGACUUUUGUUAAUAAAGAAGAAAUUAACGUAGACGCAAAAAAGUUGUUUAAAACCGGACCUGGUAGAGUGGUGGCUGUUGCAGCGGCGGCAAACGGGGUUAUUUGUCUCACGAAAUUUUCUUGUUGGCUUUGGACUGGGUCAGCAAGUAUGUUCUCAGAAACUCUACAUUCAUUCGCAGACAUGGGCAAUCAACUUCUUUUAUUAUGGGGGGUUUAUAAAUCUAUGAAAAUUCCAGACGAGGCCCACCCAUAUGGGUUUGGUAACAUGAGAUAUAUAGUGUCCCUUAUUUCGGGGGUGGGCAUUUUUUGCAUAGGAUGUGGGGCUAGUAUCUACCAUGGAAUCACUACGAUGUCCGCUGGUCAUUCACUUGACAGUGUCACAAGUUUCGGUGCGUUUGGAGUUCUUGCAGGCUCCGCUCUUGUGGAGUCUGCUUCACUAAUCGUAGCUAUAGAUGAAACGAAACACAACGCUGCGAAACAAGGAAUGUCAUUUUGGAAUUAUGUUCGAUCAUCGCAAGACCCUAGUACUAAUGUCGUUCUAUUAGAAGAUUCUUGUGCCGUUUUAGGUGUCGGGAUAGCUGGCGUCGCAUUAGCUUGCGCUCAGUACAUGCAAAAUCCUAUUUAUGAUUGUGUGGGAUCGAUCGCCAUUGGUGGACUGUUAGGACUUGUCGCUACAUUUUUAGUUCGCAGCAAUGUAGAGGCUCUGAUUGGACAAUCAAUUCCGCAAAAUCGUUUAGACGAGCUUCAAGAACAAUUGGAGGAUGACGCCGUGAUUCGUGGUCUUUACGAUAUCAAAGCAACACAACUUGGCUACAGCGAAUUCAAAUUUAAAGCGGAAAUUGAUUUUGAUGGACGUGAAGUAACAAGAGCUUACUUAGAAUCUCAAGACUUUCAAAAAAUUAUGAAUGAAUGCAAUAACAUUGACUCUGAAAAAGAGUUGGAAAUAUUUUUGCUAAACCACGGUGAAAAAAUUAUAGAUACGUUAGGAAUGCAAGUGGACAGAUUGGAGGGUGAUUUAAAAAGAAACAAUCCCGGCCUAAGACACAUUGAUUUAGAAGUUUUAUAAUUUUUGCUUAAAUUGACCAUUUUUUGAUAAUUUAAAGUAAUUUUAUUGUAUUUUUAGUGCAAUUAAUGGCAUUCUGUUAGCAGACUGUUUUAAAAAAUGACUACUGGCAUGCUGAAUAUAUUGUUUGUGCUCAAAUCUGUUUGAAAAAUUGAAUGCCGACUUGAAAAGGAUGUUCAAAAUUUUCACAUAUUCUGGCAUAUAUCCGAUUCUAUAUUAGAAGUGUAUUUGUCUUCGAAUAAAAUUAUUUAAUAUUCGAUCUUGGCAAGUUUAGGCUUGGUAUGCAUCGCCCAUAUGUUUGUCGUUUGCUCAAAUUUUUUCAUGGAGUUUUAUCAGUCUGUGACCCAGGGUAAGGAUUCUAACUGAUAUGCUGUGGUCCACCCAAUGGGUUACCAUUCACUUUCAGUUGCCCUUGGUAUUCGAGUGUUUGUCCAUACUUCUCUCCAGAAAUGAGUCUUCUUCAUUUCUGAUUGAGAGCAUGUGACAUCACUCAGAGUACCUAUAAAAAUGCCUCGCCAGCUAAGAAAAAAUAAAGUAAAGUUACUGUAAAAUGUCGUUGAAUUUCUUCAUAUUUUUACGCUCUUAACCCAAAACCGGAGCAAUAAAUGUCCAAACGUGUUUCA